AUAAAUAUAAAUACAAUGAAUAAACAUACAACAAAUUUAAAUAUUAUUAAAAAUAUUAAUAAUAUAAACAAUUUAAAUUCUAUAAAAGAAUUAUUAUUAUUAUUAAAUAAUAAAAGAUUAAAUAGAUCUUUAAAUAAAACUUAUAUUUGAGAUUAUUUAAAUGAAUUAAGUAAUAAAGGUGUAAAAUUACAACAUUUAAAUAAUAUUAAUUCUUGAUCAUCUCAAAUUUAUAAAUUUAAUAAAACUGAAGAAAUUAAUAAUACUAUUUAUGAUAGAUUAGUAACUAAAUUAUUAACAAAAUUAUUAGUAUUAAAUAUUAAUAAUAAAAUUUAUAAAUUAAUUAUUUCUAAACCUAUCUUUGAACAUAGUAUUAAUAAAGUUAAUAUUAAAUUUUUCUAUUAUUUAUCAUAUAAAAAUAUUAAUAAAAAUAUUAAUAAUAACAAUAAUUUAAUUAAUAAUAUUUAUAGUAAUUAUAAAUUUAAUAUUAAUAGUAAAUUAAUUAAUUUAUUAAAUAAUAACAUUAAUAGUAUUAGUAAUAUUUUAUCAUUAUAUUAUAAUAAAGAUGUAUCAUUUGAACCUAUUCAAUUAAAAUAUAAUUAUAUGAAUAGUGAUAUUUUAGCUAAAUCAUUAAAAAUUAUGAAUUCAUCUUCUAAAAGAAGUUUAUCAAUGAAUAGAAUUAAAAAUUUAAUGAAUAAUAUGCCUAAAUUAAAUGAUAAAUUAAUUAGUCAAACAUAUAUUAAUAAUAUUAAUAAUAUUAUGUUUAAUAAAUAUAAUAAUAUUAUUAAAUCAAUUAAUAAUAAUAAUAAUAAUAACCCCGCGGACUCCUCUCCUGGUAAUCCCAGGGGAGGAGCCGCGGGGAAAUUAUAUAAUAUUAUUUAUGAAAAUAAUAAUAUUAAUACUAUCCCUAAUAAUAUUUUAAUGUUUAAAUAUUUAGUAGGAUGAUCAAUUCAAUUAAAAGGUAGAUUAUCUAAUAAUAAAUCUAUUUCUAGAUCUAAUACAAUGAAUAUUUUAAAUGGUACAUUCCAAAACUAUAAAUAUAUUUGAGGUAAUCAAAUGGUUAAUAAUUAUAAAUUAAAUUAUAUCCCUGUUAACCAUAAUAUUACUAAUAUUUCUGAUGUUAAUAAAAAUGGUAAAUAUAAUAUUAAAGUUAAAUUAAAUACUAUUUAA